AUGUACAAGUCGCGGCGUUUCUCGAGCGAAAGUGCCGUGAACCCAGUUCGCCAAGCCUCCAAAGUAGCCAACUCUAGUCCAGUAGUGCCCCGUUCCAUCCUCCACAAAGCAAGCCUCGCGCUUGUCCGCCACCGCAUCAGUACCACCAGAUCCACCCAUUCAUCUUUAGACCAGCGCAUUUCCACCACCCAAGAACAGCUCCAAUCCUGCACCUCCACUGCUGAUUACAACAAAAUCCAGCAACUCACCCCAUCUCCUACCGACCACGCCUUCAAGGAAAUUCACCAAUCCCUCAGCAUUCACCCGUCGAAGAAACAGAAACACACGUCAACCAAGCCCAACCUCUCAAGACAAGACCCGUCAGUCAUCACGCCACUACGCCACGACAAGUCCAUCCACAACCUCCAAGCAGACAAGGGCAACGCCACAGUGGCCAUGGACAAGUCCGAGUAUGACCACAAAGUAGCAGACAUUCUCAACUCUGGCUGCUACCGUGCACUCCAGAAAGACCCCACCAUCCAUCAAGAGGAAGCUGCGACACAAGCUUCCAAAUUUCUCGACAAGAUCCUGCACCCACUGAUGGGUAACACUGAAAACCACAUCAAGAACUCGAACCAGUUCGCCAGCUUCAUCCAAAGUCUCACUCUUCAGCCGGACGACAUCAUGAUCAGCUUUGAUGUUGUCUCCCUUUUCACUAAUGUCCCCACCUCCGACAUCGUCAAUGAAGGCUUCAAAUUCAUGGAAGAAUUUGAACAGAACGCCAUCGCCACAGCAGACUACAGACUCGAGAUUUGGCUCAGGUACGUGGACGACACCUUUGUCAUAUGGCAGCAUGGGCAGGACAGCCUCCAACGCUUCCUGGAACACAUCAAUGGGCUUCAUAGCAGCAUCCAGUUCACCAUGGAACAAGAAAAGGAUAGCAGCAUCUCAUUUAUUGGUGUUUAG